UGUAUGAUUUGAGUGAACCUGUGGCUAUGAUAAUGUAAACCAGAAAACAAAUGUAAUACAUUACCUUUUUUAACUUAACAUGUAGGCCUAUCCAUGAUUACCAGAGUUGCAUUUUAAAAUGUUUCGAAAAGUGGUGUUAUAGAGGACAAAAACAAACAACAGAAAUAUCAGAGCUCUUUUUCGUCAUUUGCAUGUUGUUUUUUCAAUUAUAAAAUAUAUAAUAGCCUACCCUACCAUGAGUCUGCGAUUAAUUAACCGGCAUUUACAGGCCAUUAAUGAAGAGUUUAGUAAACAGUCGUCCAUUUUCAGGACUAAUUAAGCGCGAAAUAGUCAUUUAAAAAAUACUGCUUGCAUAAUAAAGCCACUCUGUGACGAAUAUGUAAUUUGCGAGUUAUUUAGAGGACGUUUUAUUUUCCACUCCCCGCUAAUCUGCGCCAUUAUGUCCCAGUCUCUGUACGGGCCGGAAAAAGCUGUCUCCAUAGUAACCCCGAGGCACAAACGUUUGUUCAGUUGUGAGUUUUUCAGAAACAUGAGUGGAGAUAGCGACUACAGCAAAUACGAUUUGGCACGGCUGCAGGCAGAGCUUGAACAUGAGAGGGAAAUUAAGAAAUCGUCUCGUUUCUAUUAUUACAGAGAAAUGCUCGAAGAGUCAGUGUCUGACCUUCGGAGUACCAUGUGUGAACUGCAGGAUAGACUGCACAGUGUUGAUGGACAGGAAAAUGAGUGGAAGACUAGGUUUGAGACACAGACAGAGCUAAAUGGACAGUUGGAGCGACAGAUGUCAUUCAUUCAUGAGAGACUGGAGGACCUGCGAGGAAACCCCAUGGAUCGGUUGGCCUCCAUCCGAAUGUUUGAUGACAUGUCGGUAGAAACACUGAGACAGCGUCUGAAGCUCCUGACUGAGGAGAAGUCAGACCUCCAGAGUCAGCUGAUGGACGCUCACAGCAGAAUCGAACAGGAGGGAAAGGCAUUUCAUAAAACCAAUGAUGAGAGGCGGGCAUACCUUUCAGAAAUUGCCAAGCUGUCCUCCACACUUGAAGCCCAAAGAAGACAGUACUCCACUGAGGCACAGAGGGCAGCAGAGAGCAAACACAAGAGAGAGAGGCAGACCAGCAGAAAGGCAGAGGCUGAUGCUAAGAAGGGAAAAGAAAGGGAAGAAGAUGGAGGUGGUAGCAAUGGAGUCACAGCGGAGAGAAGAGAAGAGAGGAAAUCCCAAAGGGGAAGCAGGUUACCCACACUGAAGUACUACCUGAAACACAAUCCCUGAAAUCCCACCUAGUGUUAUAGCCCUUUUUAAAAAGAGUGGUGGUUUUGUUUACAUUUCUCAAAAGAUUACUGGGAGGAAACAUUGCAUUUCUGAUGGUUAUCCUGUGGUGUUUAUUGAUGUCAAAUACAGUGGUAAAACAUGUUCCAUUUAUAAUGAAGUGCCAUUAUUAUCGCCUUACACCUUUCUUUGUUUCAACAAAAAGAGCAGCAUUGAAGAGAAACGUUAAAGAGAGGAAUAUCACAGGCUUCAGUGAGGUUGACUCCUAAUGUACCAGAAGCCUGCUGAGUCUGACAUUUCUUGUGUCACUUGAAAAAAAAUUCUCUAAACACCUCCUACGACUACUAUUACGUAAGCAACACCGCAUCCAGCACUCUCUCCAAAAGCAGUUCAUCCACAGAGCAACCAGUCACCCCCGUCCCACCCACUGACAGCCUUUACAAAUGUGUAAGAAUACGCUCAAAUGAGAUGCAGUAGUGAACAGGAAAAUUGCCCGAAGCUGUUUCAGUUUUGAGGCUGACAAAACUGAACCCCUCCACGGCUCCUCCACACUUCUUCACAAACACAUCAUUGAAUAGAAGCAGUAUCUUAUAGGGAAAAACAACAUGGAUUUAUACAUUAAUCUGGGCUCUAGCUUAAUGAAUAUAGCUGUUUUCUUAUUUACCGAUUGGUCUGUAAGUCUAAUAGCUUAAUAUUGAUUAGCUCAGGAAAUAUGACCAAACAUUUGUUUUAAUUAACAGGAAUAUACCUGCUCUGUGAAUAUAUGUCCAAAGCUGUGUUGUAGCCACUAUGCAAACUUGACUUUUAACUAAAAGAGCAAAGAUAAACCCCCCGUGUCAACAAGCACCCGUCCAGCUGAAAUAGUCCUUUAACAUGAUUCUGAAUUUUCAACCUUUCGUUUGUUGUGAAGGAAAAUCCCAAUAUGUAUUUAUAGAAAUAUUAUAUAUUAGCGACAAAUAUGGCUUUGUAAAAUGUGUGACGGCUAAAGUCCACACAAGAAUGUGAACGAAUUAACUAACUUAAAUGAGAUGAUGCAAACAAGCUUUUUAUUUAAAUGCAAUAUGAUCUCACACAAUUAACCACUCAUUUAUCCUUCGAUUCAUUUAAUAAACACAGUCCAAAAAAAGUAUUUGAUAACAAAUCAUUAAUCCAUCUCCAGAAACUUGUUUGUGUUUGCUGAUAUUGACUUCACUGUCUAAAAUCUUUGGAAAAGCACUGUGGGAGUUCUAGUUUUGGAUUUGUACAGGCCCACACGUAUUUCUGAUAAGGUUAGCUGUCUCAGUGUGAAAUCAUAAAUGCGCUGCAGUGACAGGUUGUUUGUCUUAGAUUAAUGGCUUUAUAUUUAAGAGUGCAUGUUGCCUUAUGAAAGAGUGAGCACAUCUAGAGCACACCACCUUUCUUUACCUCUUUCCCCUCCACCUCUUUUUCUCUCCGUUUCAUGCAAAAGCUUUAGUACAACUCAUGAAUCACACAGCUACAGAGUAAGCACCUACUGUAGAUGUCUCUUGCUGACAGGUGAAACACAUUGACAAAUAACUACAGUAUCCGUCAAAACAACACGUCACAGAACUGCCCAUGCUAAUUCAGUUAGCCCCUCUCUGUACUAACCCUGAGUAUGCUGGAAACAAUCUAGUGUCUAUACUAGUGCAUAUGUGAGAGUGUAGGAGACUCGUUUGUGAGGGUGAUUGCAUGCAUUCAUGUACAUAUCCAUGUGCUUUAUUCACACUUUAGUUGACCUUUGUGAUGACUCAACACCACUUUUUAUAUGUCCAUUACAGAUACCUCAAAGUUGAGCAUCUGCCAAUACCAAUCCAAAACAUUCUUAUUCUUACUUUUAAACAAUAACGUUAAGUAUUUAUACGUUUUUAAUAAUAAAUGUUUAUUGAUCAAUCUGCUUAGCUUUGCCAUUUAAUAAACAGCAUACAAACUGUGAAACCAUUUUUUCCCCUCUUAAUACUUAGACCACAACGUGCCUGUUAUGAAAUACUGCUGCUUCUUUUUAUUUGAACUUUUUCAAACGGACUACUUAAAUAAUGCAUUCAGCAACAUUUUGGAUUGGUAAGCAAUGUUCAAACAUUCAUUCAAACUCUGUGCAAAAGUUCUAAUCUCACAAUUUAGAAUAACAAGGUCAAUAUAACAUGAUGCAGUGAUUUUGGGCAGUGUCAUACCCACACCCAAUUUGAUUAUUAAAUCAAAGGAUUCCUAAUCGACCUGAUUUAGACUCUACCUUUAACCCUUUGAAAUGUGUCAGAGUAACAGAAUUGUUCACCCGUCCAAAUGUUCACACACCAACCUGUGUUGUGUGAAAUUGUAACAGAACAAUGCAAUGUUUAAUAAUAGAAUGGGAAAUGUAUCUUUUGUACAGAAGCAUAUGCCAAGAGACUGAGUAGGUAGAGGUUUUAAAUAUCUCUCUUUGGCUGUGAAAUUAAGACUGAUUUAAUUUCCUAAAUUAUUCCAAGACGAAUUUAUCACAAUAUGAAUCAUCAGUCCAUCUUUAUUCAGUUAAGCAAAAUGCAUUUAAAUAUGGUUAUUAAAUGUGUUUCUCAUGUUCUUUUUUGGUGUCUCUGAAACAGUCCAAAAGUGGCAGUUGUGAGUUACUAAGAGAAGAUCUUUGCAUAAAAAAAGUAAGAACCUUUUUAUGAGGGAUCACAUUAAUUGUGCAGGCAAAGGCACAUAUUCUCUCUUCUUACAAGUCAAUUGAAUUUGCCUAUGCGUCAGGAGCAAAGAUAACAUCUACUUGUAUGGAUGAAUGAUAUAUUCCCAAGUCUUUUCAUUCUGAUGUCUCCUUUUGUAAACAUGUGGACACUGACAAAUAUCAUUAUUUGACUUGCAAAUUCUAAGGCAUUAAGAAUAGGAUUGAGACCAUGAUACUGCUGUUAUAAGUCCUUGACGAUGUCCUCCAUCUUUCUUUGUCUAAACAACAUAUUCCCCCACAUAUCCUCUGUUUCUCCUGAUACAUUGAGACAGGAACUUUGUCUCCCGAAAAUAGAAAGAUCUGUGUGGAGAAAAUGUGUAUUUUUCUUACGUUGUGUACCUGUCUUUCAUUAUGUGCAUGUAUAGUCAAAAAAGCAGAUUAGCACACGGAAGCAGUCAUAAAAGAUGCAAUAAAAUACUGUAAUAAGCCAUUAAAAUGUCUGAUAUAUUUAUGUAAAUGUGGAUAUAGUUGAACCGUAUUAUGUUUCACGUUUUGAGAAAAGCAUUAAAACA